AUGGUCUUUGGCUUGGACCCACCCGGUGCCAUGACCCAGUUUGGUCUGCUGUGCGUUUUGGCUGUUUACGAUGACGGCAUCACCGCCCUGACUGGCACCAAACUGGUAGGCUGCGUGUCCUUCACCACGGAGACGGAGUACGGACGCUGUCACUCCAUCCGAGACCAGUUCCUGGGUGGGACGAUGAUCAUCAUCAUUGGGGGGAUCAUUGUGGCCUCUGUCCUUGUCUUCAUCUUCAUCCUCCUGAUGAAGUAUAAGCUGCACAGUAACCACUACAAACAGAAAGCCGUCGCACGUCAGGCCAACGUCUGCUCCCAGACUAACGGAGGAGGGGGAGGGGCAGCCAACAUUCUCGCUCUGCCACCGUCCUCCUCCUCUGCAGGGCAAGGUGGAGGGGCUAAUAAAAACUCCCAAACAACAUCAGCAGCAGAGGGCGUAGCGGGAACCUCUCUUCGAGGGACAACAGUAGUGGACUUAAAUCCCACCCAUGACGAUGACGCUAUCUCCCAAUAACACACAAGAAACUGUCGAUGCAACCCACAGCCCACCAAUCUUUAAGACCAUCCCAAUUCUGCCUCCCCCUUUUUUGAUUUGUUGCUGGUGCCUGGAGCCAAGCUCCACUUUACGGCGUCAUCGAUUUACUUACUUUCAGCUUAACAGCACUGGAGGGGAGGAGAGGCAGGAGAGGUGCCCCAGUGGGUUGCACGUUCACGCUCAGAGCCCAGAUGAUCAGGUAUUUGACCCAGAGAUACACCCUACCCUCUGACACCACCUCAUACCAGAACCAGAUGGGAUAUAACAGGAAGGUCCUGUGGGCAGCCAGAGGAGAAGAAAAAGCCUCCUGUUAAUAUGCAAAAGGCUCCAGAUCACUGAGACCAGACAUGUUGGAUACAGGUCAGGCUGUGGGCUUUGAACCCUUGUGUUGGGUGUUUAACUGGGGAUUCAAACCUCGGAGUGCAGAAAUCAGAGGGAACAUGAUCUGGGGUCUCUUCUUCUUUCCUGAAGGAAGUAUCCAAUGAUCUGACCGGGCUCUGAAGGGUGUCGGAUGGAUUUAGUCUCUGCAUUUGACAGUUGGAAUCUAUGCAGCCACUAAAUGCUGCUCUGGAAGUAUAGUGAAUGUGGACAUGGGAAAAUCCAUUUUCUGACACGUUUUCAGGAUUAUUUCGAUUGUGUUUUGUCAGUGGUUGGUGGCCCCG